GGCCGUGCGCAUUCGAGCGAGGGCCAGCGCAGCGCGCCGACGGCAGCGUAAAACGCUCGCGUCGCCGCCGCCGCUGCCGCCGACGACGAGCGAUUGACUCUCUGUGUCCGCGAGACUCGGUACGCCGCGGCCGGGGGGGGAGAAGUGCGAGGCGAGAUCGCGCGUACGUAAAACAAGUGCGUGCGUGCGUGCGUGCGUGCCGUGCGUCUGCGUCGCGUAAAUUCGCGCUCGGGCGAGAAAGAAAGAGGGAGCGACGGAAACGGCGAGAUCGACGAGGAAAGGGGAGAGGAGUGCGAAGGAAGAAACGGGGAAGAGAGAGAGAGACACGCACACAUACGCGCACGCUUGUGGCGCGUCGCGACGAAGCGCAACAUCGCUCGGAGAGGAAACGGCCGAAGUUCGGAACGAACGACGGUCGGUCGGACGGGCGGACGGGGACGAGACGAGACGAGAGACGCGACACGACGCGACGUGACGGCGAGAACGGCGUCGCGAGCCCGCUCCACCGUUGUCGCUCGUCCGAGUCGCGGCCUCGAGAGUAGCGUUGCCAGUCGCGCUCGCCCGCUCCCGCCUCCCGCCGCCCGACGCAUCGGGGUUGUCGCCGCCGCCGCCGCCACCAGGGUUGUCGCCAAGGACGGAGCACUGCGUGCUGACCACCUGCCAGGAAGCAUGGAAAUAUCCAAGAGCCUGCACGAGGAGAUCGUCACCGUGCAACAGAAACUGCAGAGAGCGAUACUCGAGCAUCAGACAUGCGUGGAGAGGCAGCAGAGCGACCCGAAUAACCCAGACCUUCACGCGCAGAAAAAGAAGAUCCAGGUGUACAUCGUGUCUUUGGGGAGAUGCCAGAAGCAGAGUGUGCAGCGGCUGCGCAACGAGGUGGACGCGCUCAAGGCGGACAACGCGAACGGAUCGAAAGUUUCCAUACCGUCGCUCCUCGGACUGAACAACAACAAUCACAUUACAAACAAUAAUGAGACGAAACACGAAGCGGCCGCCAAUGGUUUCGAGACGAAGCCGUCGAAGGAAAACUACGAGGAAGUCGUUAGGAAUGGCGAUGUUCACCGUUCGCGUGAUAAGGAUUGUGAAAAGCUACGUUCCAGCUCGGUGGAAACCGUUUCCGGCGAAGACGACGUCGUCGAGGUGUCGUUGGACGAAAAUUCCGACGACAAGCAGGAGGAGGAGGCGCAGAAGGAACACAACAUCGAAACGUCUGAGAAGUACAAUUACCUGAAUUGCCUCGGGCUUAUUACCAAGUCCAAGUGUAUGGAGCUGCAGAACCGGAGGGUGGAAAGGAAACGUCGUAGCACGGCUAAUCCGCAAUUUGUGUACUCCAUGUUCGAGCAACCAUCUAAGCGGAAGAGGCAUUCCUAUUUGCAAUCGGGAAACGCUCCUCACACUCGGCAGACGACCGCACGUAUGAACGGUCCGUCGCCACCACCUAACAAAACUCAGCCAACCAAAUCUACCUCGCCACCGGCGCAAACGGUAACCAAGUCGUUAUACCCAGUCCAUAAGUCCACCACUAGGCCAAAUAUCCUCAGAAACGCGGACAGCAAGGUCUUCGUGAAUAAAAACAAAAUGGAAGACAACCAAGUGCGAUUGUCCGUGUCCAGUGCCAAAUCUGUUCAGUCGAUAGGUAACAAGGUUGUUCACAUACCCGGAUUACCGUCUAGCUUGACCAUCGAGAGGAUUGGGAGUGACUCUAUCGUGUGCAUCUGUUGUGAAAAUCCAGGUUCGUUAACAACAUGCAGGAAUUGCUCAAGUAACUAUCACAUCUCGUGUCAUACCCGAUCAACGCCUCCACCCAGGAUCUGUCCAAAGUGUAUAUCAUCAAUGGAUGAGGAAGAAGACAUCGAAAAGGACGAAGAAGCUAAUGGACAAGAAGUCGACAAUAAAUUGCUACGUUACAAAAAGGACGAAAAACUCGCUGCAACAACGAAUGCGUCAGGACUUGUUGGGAAAGCAAGAGAAGACCCAGAGGUCUAUAAAGCGUCUGGUGGACUUUAUAAAGUUGAUACAACUCAGAAAAAAUACCCCUCCACCGUCUUCGGCGUCAAUCAGCUGCCUGCCUCAACCUUCCUCAUCCCGAUCAACACGAACGAUAUCUCCGUCUCAAACGUCAACAAGUCCGAAGACAGCAAGCUCACCCCGGUCUUCGAUAACGAGUACCGACAAGCCACCGUACUUCGCGAUCACGUCGUCAAUCACUACUCACGCAUCUCCUAUGUCAAAGAAGACCAGGUUGUCGCCAGUUCCCACUCCUACCAAUUGCCCAGUACCACCGUCCAAUCAGAAAAGCAUCAAUCAUAUUUCAUCAUCAAGAAAAUCACCGAGCCGACUGGAAGGUCCAAUCAGUCUUCUAGCGGUGAAACCGAAGAACCAAGCCGCACCACAGUUUUCAACUACCAAUUGCCGACCAGUUGCGGCACUACCAUUCAGGCCGGCUUCCAACCCGUCGUCACCCAUCCCCUGUUCUACGAUCGUAACAACAGUAAGAAACAAACCAAUCGUGCAGUCCCACUCCACCGUGUCAUCGUACCAAAAUUGCCAAAUUCUCUUCACCCCGUCUCGAACGACCAUCAGCUGGACCGAGCAACCCUCAACGGCAGAAAGCCCUGGGCCAAAUUCGCACGCGGCGACAAACUCUGUGUCGAUCAGUCAGCCGGAUCAAGCGCAGAAAUCAUACUGUCUCCUUACGGCGAUGCCGAAAACAGCGAUGACGAGCAGCAGCGGCCAGGAUCAACCGGAUCAGCGGAGGAAGCAGCAGCAACGGCGAGUCGCGACGAUCGUGGCAAGUGCCGAUCAAGAAACUUCAUCUACUCAUUGUUCCCAAGCCAUAACAAGUCCCAUACCGUCACCGAUGGUGCACGCGAGUCACGAGGCUUCGGCGCAAACGACCGAGACUGUCCUCUCCUGCGGCAGCAGCUCUGCCGCGAGGAGCACGAGCUGGAGCUGCACGAGCAGCCAGACAGCAAGCCAGCAGCAGUCCAGCUCGAGCGGCGCGCUCUCACGCGCUUCUUCGAGCACGUGAAAUUGGAAGAAGCGCAUAUAUCAGCGCCACUUAGAACAAAGCUAGCACACGAGGAUGAGGUCGGGGAUGAUAACGACGACGACGACGACGAGAUUGCCCGGGAGGACAGCCCGCGCGACGAGCAGUACGAUGACGGUGGUACCGUUGCUAAAGCUCCACUGUUGACGUCCUGCGACGACCUGGACGAGGACCGCUUGAUCAGUCGCGUUGCUUGGCUACACGAAGACUGGGACAUCGCCAGUGACGAUGGCAAUGUCGCGAGCAAAGCGGCCGUCCGUCGUCUUUCGGACGCAGUCUCGACGCAGUCCGGCUACGAGCUCGCUCGCGUUAACCGGCGCUGCUCGUCGGUGACUCCGCGGCAUUCGGCGGAGCGCGAGGACGAUCGACUGACAACGGCGGCGGCGGCACUGCGCAUUGCACAAAACAAUCUUUCGGAGCUUCGUAACGAGGUCUCAGUUCCUGACGAUAAGGCUGACACCGAGAGACAAGACUUACCCAGUGGUAGGCGGUUGAGAAGCAGAAGCAACAGCAGCAGCAGCGGCCACAGCGACACCCCGGCGCAAGCGAUGAACGUGAACGAUCUCUCGGACGAGUUUAACAUACUGGCCAUGGGUCUCGUCUCUCCGGGGGAAAGGGGCGAGGAGCUGGAGCAAGUCGGCGACGAGUCCACGGCGAGUGAGACUGAUGCCGCCACUGGUUAGACAUAAUUAGAUUAAUUACGUUGACAUUAAGGCUCCUGGUUCCACGUUGAAUCACGAGCACAGUUCAACAGUGAGGAACCACGCGGAUCUUUUUUUCUUGCCCUAUACAUCGGAGUAGAUUAAUCUUUUCGCCACCCGCGUUCAACAGUGGAUUAGUGGAUGCAAUAAAAACUGCUUUUUAUUGUUUUAUAUUAAUAAACGCGCGUAAUCGAAUAUGUCCUACAGCAGAAGUAGAUCCCUCAGCAGUUGAUUAACGAAUAGAUAAAAAAUAUACUAAUUUACGUUGAACGUUGGUGGUAGCGAAAGGAAUGAGGAUACAUUUCUACUGCAAGGGAGAAACAAGAGAGCCUUAUUGUCGAUCGCGCUCGGGAACCCGAUGGUCUCCUCCGCGGCAUUCACGCGUCUUCUCUUGGAAAAGAACGCGCGACGUGCAGGUCGAUCGUCGGAAUCAUAGCAAUUAAGUCAGUAUACGAACGUGUUCUAUGCUAGAGAUAUUUUAAUGACGACAGUUCAGCGACACAGCCUGCAAGUUUUUACGCGGAGCAGGACAACUCGAGGACGCACGCGGCGUCUCCCAGUGUAUCGCGGCCUACGGCGCGUAGGACGAAGACGUCAUUGCUACAAUCGCAUUAAUCAUUUUACUUCGCAUUAGAAACCUCGCUCGAUGGUUUCGCGCGAGACGUUAGAGCGGAUCGUCCGAGGCCAGGCGCGCUUCCCUUCGCAAUGCUAGUUUUCCUCGUUUCUCGCGAUUCUGCGAUUGUCUCUCCGACGAAGUAAACGCGAGUUUCCUCCUCUCCGUUGCUCCGUAAUGGAAUUUAUACAUGUUACACCCAAUAUGUAUACGCGCACGGAAGGGCGCGAGAUUGCGGGACAUUCGGGAGAGGAAAUCGUUCAUUUCGCUCGUGCCGGCGUUUGUAAGCAUCGAGAUGAUUUUGAUUUUCUCGGUCCAACAGUCUCGUUUAUCCGAGCUGUUGGUCCUCGUGACGGCGAGAUUAGCAACGGCAAAUGAUCCAGUGAUUUACAAGCACGAGUGGAAAUCGAGCGGAUUCCGAUCUAGCGAUUCGAGCGAAUUUUCCAAGUCGAUUCUCUCGGAAACGGGACCUCGCCUCGCCUCGCAUUCCCGACCUCUGAGAGAGAUCCCGGUUGUGUACCACGAUUUUCGAGGGAACCCCGCGUGACUAGCUGAACCAAGCACAUAUCCGAGAAAUCGCGCGACUACUGACUCGAGAGAAGGCGACAAGGACGCGGGAGGGAGCCUAACUAUUACGUAAAUCAAGUCACAUUACCGUACUGCCUUAAUAGUGUUGUAAAAGUGCAACUUUUUAAAAACUCCGCGGAAGCGUGGAGGUGCCGAUUUACGUGCCCCGGAUGCAAACGCGGAUCGCGGAUGCGACGCGAUGGACGGCCGGCGAUCGGAGAACGAGAGCAAUCACGGUGGAGUAAUACGAUUAAUCAAAUUCUCGUUACCAUAAUCGAAAAAGCGUUAGAUGUUAAGGACCAUCGUCUGUAAGUUCCAUAAAGCGACGCGGUAAAACCGCUCGUCCUGUUUCUCACGAAAGUUGUAUUCUUGCCGAAGGUAGUUUGCAAAGUGAGAGAGAGAGAGAGAGAGAGAGAUUGUAUGUGUGUUUGUGUAUGCGUGUGUUCAUAAGCGGCCACUAUGUUUUGUUGAUACGAACUUGGACGGUAUUUGACGUUACGUUCAUUUUAAUUGCGUUUUUAAUUGUUUUUCGUCCGGACAGAGCGGAGCUGUGAUCUUUUGCAAGACGUUUUGCCUGUGCGAAAGGCGACCGGGUCGAUCGUGCGAAAGGUAGAGUUUAUGCCAUUGAGAAGUGUCGGGUGUGCUAGUAUUAUUUUUUGUUUUAUUCCCGGAAUUUGUCAGUUGCCCAUCGAUUAGUCUAUUUAUUUCGCGUUAACGUCGGCAUUCGCCGGCCACCAAAAUCGGUGCGCCCGCGUCAUCUAUAUCUGGUGUAUAAAGGAGAGAAGGAUCGAGGGCGCGGAGAAUUGUUAUACGCAAGCAUAGGCAACGAGAUAUCGAGAACGAGAGAUUCGUAUUUUUUAUGAAAUAAAGACGACUUAAGCAG